UUUCAUCAUCCACCACCGUGCAUCAUGUAUGCAGGUCUCAAAGGAAAGAAACGAAAAAGAGCCCCCACUCCCGACCCUCCCGCCGCGGGACCGGGACCAUCCGCCUUCCCGCCAGACUCCUCCUCAACCACGACCGUUCCACUACCUCCCACGAACAAUUCCCCACCCGCAAACCCCAACGCGCACUACGCGCCGAAGCCAAGGAAAUGGCAAAAGAGCAGCUCGAUCGUCAUCGAGAGCCGAGUCAUCGAUACUCGAACCCCGAUUCCCGAGUGGUACACAGCGAUAUCAGAGAAAGGGGACCACGACCCAGGAAAUUGGUCGGAGGUGGGAUCCAUCAAGCAACUGAUACGAUACUGUAUCGACGCACGAGCGCGUGGGGACUUUAGUAUGGAGAGGAUCUCCGUGUCGAAUGUAAGGGAUCAGAUACACAAGAUGGAGUUCUUUCCCGGUGUGACUCUGCUCGCGGUCAAGAGCUCGAGGGUGCUGGAAGAAAGGGGAUUGAGGGUGAUAUUUGGGGGAGAGUAUGAUGGGUUGUUUCCGUGGGAUGUGAGGGCUGAUGCUAGGGCGUUGUAUGGGAAGUGGUGGAAGGGGGAUGUGGAUGGGGAUUUACUGACGGGGAUUGUGGUUCGACGGAAUACGCAUAGUUCUGGCGCUGUGAGGACUUCGAAGAUGUUGAGGAAGGGGUAUGAGAAGAGGGGUGCGAAUGAGGUUGGAGAUAAUGGGUUGAUUAAUGGGCAGUGGUGGCCGGAUCGGAGAUGUUUGUGGAGGGAUGGUGCGCAUGGGUCGUUGGAAGCUGGUAUACAUGGAGAGACAGACAAGGGCGCAUAUGCGAUUGUCGUUUCGUCUAAUUAUUAUGCCGAUCAAGACAGCGGCGAGAUUUUGGAGUAUUGCGGCACCGAAAGUCAAACCGCGAUCCCGACCAGAUACACAAAGAUGAUGCAAGAAGCAUUUGCCCUGCAACAACCAAUUCGAGUCAUUCGAGCAGCAAAGAAAGGUUCGGAUUACGCUCCCAAAAUGGGCUAUCGAUAUGAUGGCCUCUAUAUCAUUACCAGCGAAGAAGUUCUCGACGCCGAGAGAUAUAUGACUCGUUUCACACUGAAGCGUAAGGAAGGACAAGAUCCGAUCAGAUAUCAAGGUGUUGAAGCGAGGCCUACGAAGUAUGAAAUGCAUGAACACAUGAAAAUCAAGGAGUUGUUACAGGGAUGAAUAUGACUACGGCAGGAAUACAGUGUGCGGAUGGAAUUUUCAGUUUUUGAGGUUUUAUUCUUAUACCCACGUUGCGAGAUUUAUCAGCGAUGCAUUACGAAUCUUUUUACCAGGGUAGCUAAGAGAACAAAAUCGAUUCGAUGCAUUUACAAAGGCUGGGCUUCCUUUCAGGACUAUUGAGCUAGAAUUAUAGGGUACUAUUGAUGGAGGAUUCCAUUUGUAGAUGUUUUCUCUUCAAACUUCGAUCUUUCAUUACAAUAUCUAAUAUACAGGCCUCAACUCUCCAUAACAGGAUUCUAUCCCAACGCCAGAUAUCUCCAGAUAAGUCGCCUAAAUUACAUAGCACCAUACGCAAACGCAGCAGCAGCACCCAC